CGUAUGGCGUGACUUAAUAUUGGACUAUCGUUGGAUCGCAUUGCAUGCGCGAUAAAGAGGCUUAUCUAGGUUGCGUUCUGAUGUUCCCGGUACCGAGAAUCUAUAGUGUACAAGUUGUACAUUUUCAGUGCAUUUACAAUAAAUAUCAAGUCACUCUAAUCAGCCAUUGGCAUCGGGUGACUGCGUGGUAACCGGCGGUACCCGCUCGUAACGGUUAUUACGAAUGAAUAUGCCGUAUACCGAGGAAUACAUUGGAGGGAAAUUGACUGAUGUACUGAGAGCUUGGAAAGUGGGAACGCAACAUGCAGGGAAAGCUCAAGAUCGUCCUGAUCCUCUUUUGCGCCAUUCUGUUGAGAUGCUGCGUUACUUUCCAUCCUCACAGCGGAGAGGGCGAGCCGCCGAUGUACGGGGAUUAUGAGGCGCAGCGCCACUGGCAGGAGAUCACGUUGAAUCUGCCCGUGAACGAGUGGUACACCAAUACCACCGACAAUGACCUGCAGUACUGGGGAUUAGAUUACCCGCCCUUGACGGCAUACCACAGCCUCCUGUUAGGUCACAUCGCGAACAUCGUCGAUCCUUCCUUCGUGAGACUGCACGAGUCCAGGGGAAUCGAGACCGUGGCGCAUAAACAUUUCAUGAGACUGACCGUCCUGCUUGCGGACAUCCUCACUUACAUACCAGCGGUGGCUUACUUCGCGAUGAAUCUGUGCCUGUGCGAGCGUCUUCAGAUUAAGAAGUCGAGAGACUGCGACAAGUUCGGGACGAGAUGCCUCGUCCUUAUGACCGCGCUGAUAUACCCGGGACUGAUAAUCAUAGACCACGGACAUUUUCAGUACAACUGUGUGUCACUGGGUCUCCUCGUUGCCGCUGCGGCCACGCUGACUCGCAACUCGUUCGCAUUCAGCUCGGUCUUGUUCGUCUUGGCGUUGAACUACAAGCAAAUGGAGCUUUACCACGCCCUGCCGUUUUUUUUCUACGUUCUCGGCACCUACAGACGACGGUCCUGGAAUUAUCGUGGAUUCGUAGGACUGACGGGCGUCUCGCUCACGGUAUUGGCGACGUUCUGCGUCAUCUGGAUGCCGUUUCUCCGUAGCAGAGACUCGCUCGUCAGCGCGGUGCUCAGACUGUUCCCGUUCGCCAGAGGCGUAUUCGAAGACAAGGUCGCCAACGUCUGGUGCGCGAUCAAUGUCGUCUACAAGUUACGCGAGACCUUCACAAACGCCGAGCUCGCCAGGAUCUGCCUGGCGGCGACGACGUGUGCGGUUGCACCGAGCUGUGCGCAUUUGUACCGGUCGCCCGGCAGGGACGCGUUUGUAGUUUCCCUCAUCAAUUCCGCUCUGGCCUUCUUCCUCUUCUCGUACCAAGUUCACGAGAAGUCGAUUCUCCUGGCCGCCGUGCCGGUUCUGCUACACUUUCACAACGAUCCCCUUCCGUGCUUUUGGUUCCUCCUGAUCUCGAGCUUCAGCAUGCUACCGUUGUUUAUCAAAGAUGAUCUGUACUUGGUUUACGUCCUCACGAUGGCUAUCUAUUUCAUAGCUGUUUCUUGGAUGUGGCCUGACAUGUUUGAUAAGGACGAAGCCGCCAGUGGCCGGAAUAGAAACGAAUCGGAAGGUUCAAGGCGCAGAUUCGUGGCGCGAAAUAAAGAGCGUGGGAUUUCCUCGCACUUGCCGGGUUACUUUAAGAGAUCCUGGCUCCUCGCCGUGUUUUAUCUUUCGCUCUCGGGCGCGUUGAUUCUCUCCGUCGGCAGCAGGUGCGUGAAACCACCCGAGAGGUAUCCCGAUUUGUUUCCACUUUUAGUAUCGGUGUAUUCGUGUGGUCAUUUUCUUAUCUUUUUUCUGUACUUCAAUUACGUCCAACUGUCGGCGUCAGGGAGGAAUUGCGGGAAGUGCGUGAAGUAUGAAUAAAUGAUAAAAUAAAUGAGUCGGCUCGCGCUACGUCGACGCCGGAUCGUUGAGCAUGAGAAGCAUGUGAAUUGUGAUUGAAACUAAAAAUGAAAAAGUCAUUGUAAAUAAAACAGGAAUGCACGAAAAUAA